AUGGAAGAAUACGAACAAUAUUGUGACGAAGAAUGUAAGAAAAGAGCAAAAUACUAUGAUGAAAUUGAGGAAAUUUACUACUGAGAGCUUCAUUUCAUGAAAAAUGAACAGCCAGAGAGUGCAAUUAGACUCAUAACACCAAGUGAAGUUGAAGAUGAUGUUAAUCUCCUAGAAAAAGGGCUUAAGACCUUUUUAAUUUUUGUUAAAGAGAAUUAUAAGACAAAAUCUCAACCAAGAAUGAAGAAAAUCUAUAAAAAGUUGUCCAAAGACCUCGAUAAACUCAGCAAACAAAUAAGUAAGGCUGAAGAUAAACAUCAAAAUUACUUGUUCACUAAGUAUAAAUAAACAGGCAAAACUUAUAAAGGAAGCCAUUGAAGAUGAAAUUGACUUUAAUGAGUUCACAAAUAACUUUUUCUGGAGUCUUCUGAAGGAAGAAGCUAGGACUCCAACUUCCUCAGAAUUUAUAUACGACGUUUACACAAAAUUAGAUGAAGUUGAUCUUCAUCAAGAAGAGUUUAUCAGGAAAAAUGCUCUGAUCAAGAAAUUAAAGAAGAAAAUAAAAGAACUGAAAGAAGAAAUUUGAAGACUCCACUCAUCCGCCACUGAAACCGACUCAGAAACCGAUUCCUCAGCAUCUUCUGAACCCUCUGAGCCUACUCUCCAAGAAGAGAUGUCCAUAGAUCAAGAGUGCCGUAAAUUUGUGGUGAAGAUGAAGAAAAAGGAAAGAGCCACAUUUAGAUUAAAUGAAGAAAUGCAUAAGAAAGUGUUCGGCCUGGUUGACCAGGAAUUUUUAGAAAAUUUUGAGAAGAUAAGUGUGUGCCGUUGUAAAGAGAUUAGUCCAGACGAAUUCUUUACCUUCGCUUCCAAAAUAUCUCACGGACUCAAAGACUUCAACUUCAGCUUAGGAGACCACACCUCCUCAGUCAAGAUAACUGCUUAUCUUCCUUCCAUCUUGCUGCUCAAGUCCAAAAUUAAAGAGAAAAUAAGCUUCUACGACUGCAUAAUGACUUUUAAGGAGAAAGCCCAGAUAGAAAAGACCUUCGCAGGCAUCGAAGUUGAAUAUAACUAUGUUCAAGUCGUUGAGGAUUAG